GAUGCGCACGGAAUCCGGAGUGGCUCCGCCAGGGAGGGGGCGGCCCGGGCGCUCGCCUGCCUCCUCGGCGCGCUGCUGCUGCGCGCGUCCCUCCGACGGGCGGCAGAGAGGCGGAGCCGCGGCCGGCGCUGCUGCUGUGCUGCUGCUCGUCGCCUCCGCCUCGUCGUGCGCGGCGCCAGCCGAGGAGCCCAGCCCGAGCCAGGCGGCUGCGGCAAGAGCGCGUCCAGGUUCCUCCUGCAAGAGGCCGUCGGACGGAGCCUGCGACGGAGGCCAAUGUGGAGGUUCCUGCUCCUCCUCUGCCUGCCCCCUCUGGGCGCCGGGACGCCUCCCGGCCCCCGCCUGCCAGCGGGGCUCAGCAACAACAACUCCAGCCAUGGGCUCCAGGCCACCGGCACGUCCCCAACCCCCCCACCGGUGACCCCCACCCUGCUGCCCACCCACAGCGAAGCCCCCGGCCUGUCCCUGAACCUGGGUCUCAAUUUCAAGAUCAAGGUUCGGGGCAAGGGCCGGGCGGGCGAGGGGCCCACCAGCACGAAGCCCCCCACCCAGCCAGCUGCCCCCACCCACUCCCAGGCACCAGGUGCCAGUCGCUUCUGGGCAGAGGCACUGGGGGGCUCCGGGUGGCAGGCUAGCAUCCCUGCUGAGGAGCUCCCCCCCGGGCCGGGCGGGUGGGCUUGGGGCGGCCCCCCGGCACCCGCCGACCCCGACCUCCUGGGCCCCGGACCCACCCCUCAGCACCCACUGACGCUCUGGCCCAGGCUGACGGAGAAGGUCUUGGCUGCUCCUGUGGGCGAAGACAGCAAGGAGCUGGAGUUCAAGAUCGACAUUGACCUGACGGCCGGGCUGGGCAAGGAGGGCGGCCUGGCGCCCAACAGCAGCAGUGGCGGCACUGCCAGGCGGUACCCGCUGCUCCCUGGCCUCCGGGUCGGGAUCUCGGAGAUUGCCAGCAAACUGGGGGGGCCGGGCCUAUUUGGAUCCACGCUGCCGCCUGAGCCUCCCGAGUGGAACGUCACAGGCAGCGCCGGGGAGCAACCUGGGGGCUCCUACCCGACCCCAGAGCAAGGUUCCGAAUCCAGCAGCCUCUCCGCAUCUCCGGGCAGCGAAGGGGCUUUUGUGGCUCUGCCAGGCUGCCCACCUGACCUCCUGAAUGACUGUGGUUCACCGCUGCCCGACCCUGGCUCACCCCCGGCCUCCUCGCUGCUCUCGCCGGCCCUGCCCCUCUUCGUGCCGCUGCAUGCCGACUGGGAUGUGGCCCUGGCAGAGUGGGGCCUGGCCUGGGAGGCUCAUGUCUAUGGGGCAGGCUCCCUCUUUGCCCUCCUGGCCCUCCUCUCCCUGCUGGGCCUGCUAGCCCUCCCUUGCCGCUGCCCUGCCGGCUGCAAGACCCUGGCGCUGCUGCAGCUGCUGCUGCUGGGGGCUGGCGGUGGGCGAGCCGCCCUCCUCCUGGGCGACGCCUGCGGGCACCUCGAGCUGCUGCCCGCCUUUGCCCUGCGGCUGCUCCACGACCUGGCACUACCCUGCCUGACCUCGGCCCUGGCUGCCACCCUGCUGCUGCUUUCGCGCCGCGCCCGCCUGGAGCACUCCUCGCCCUCCAGCCUGCGCCACCCCUGCCUGCUGGCCGCCCUGGUCCUGCUGCACUUCUCAGUGGCCACGGGGGCCGUUUUGGCCACCGACCUCCUCCACCAGCUGCCCUUCCUGCUCCUGGCUUCGCGGGGCGCCUUCGCCCUCCUGGCUGCCCUGCUCUCCGUCUCCUUCCUCAUCUUCCACUGCAGGGCGCGAGCCGACGCCGCACAGAUCUACGACCUCAAGAGCGCCACGCAGCCAGCCUGCCGCUGCCCCUUCGCCGACACCCGCCAGUGGAGGCAAGCUGCCCACACCGCCCUCCCGGCCGCCUUCUUUGGGCUGCUGAGCGCCAGCCUGCACACCUACGCCAUCCUGCAUGCCCUGGGCUACGGCCUGCGCCCCCAGCUCUUUGGGCCCUGGCCCUGGUGGGGGCUGCAGCUGGCCUGCCGCAUCUGCGAGGCGGGCAUGGGGCUGCCCUUGGCCUUCCUGGGGCUGUACGCCACCUUCUGCUCCUCUCCGGCCGGCGGGCCGCCCUGCUGCGCCCGCUGCUGCUGCCUCUCUGCGGACCCCGCUGCUGCCAAGGCCCAGCUCCUGCCCAACAACUUCCAGUGGGCAUUGUCGCAGCACGAGAAGCUGGUGGUCUGCGACACCAUCGCCCGCAGCGAGUCUGACUACCUCCCGCUCUACGCCCUGCCAGCCAGGGAGGCCGAUGACACCAAAGCCGUCUCCGUGCUCAGCGUGGCUGUGGAGGCUGGCGACCCCACGGCCGAUUUCCAGCCCCCCUCGCCCAUCGACCUCCGGCGCAGCAUCGACGAAGCUCUCUGCAGCGAGGGGCUCUUCCUCCAGGACGGGGGCUCUCCCUAUGCCCCCUCCAGCACCCUGUCGCUCAGCCUGGCCUGGGAUCGGUCUGCAGAGAGCGAGCUCUACCGCACGGCCUCCUGCCUGGAGCUGGUGCCUGCCCGGUCCUGGGGGGCCAGCGGAGCCACCACCGCCGCCUCCUCGUCCCCGGAGCCUUGGGGGGGCGGCGAGGGCGGCAGCAGCACCUGCUCCACCUGCCCCUACAGACACUCCACGGACGACACCUCUCUCGUGCUCAGCUCCAGCCCCGGGAAAAGCCCCCCGCGGGUCUCGCCGGCCUGCGGGAGCCCCCCGCCUCCGGGCCGCCAGAGCUGGCCCCAGGCUCCCGUCUCCCAAGAAUCCCUGGUGUCGUCGUCUUCGGGGCCCCGGGGGCCACACGCAGCCCUCCUGCAGGAGGAGUUCAUGGACGUGUGCCGCCAAAUCGAUGCCCUCAGCGUCAGCAGUGACACCAUAGACUUGUAGGCGUGCCUGGGCGGAGGGAGGGGAGGCUGACCUUUGACCCCCCCAAAAAGGCACGUGCAAUUCUCAGCGGGAGCUGCAGUGGGGCAGGUGCCUUGCCACUCUCCCCCCCCAGUCACCGACUUUGCAUGGGUCAGGAAUCGUGGUCCGGCUGAGCAUGGGGGGGCUGCUCUUGUCUGCUCUGCUCCCCCCAACCCCAAGGGAAAGGAAAGACAAACGGACAUCCCUGCUGGGGCACAGCCAUAUGCAAUGCCCCCCCGCUCCCCCCAACCUGUGUCCUCCUCUGGUCUGCUGAGGCCUCAGUGUUAGAGAAGAGCCUGCCCCACAUUCCCCCCUCUCCGGACUUACUUUCCCAUCCCCUAAGGGUGGGGGCUGCCCUCCAGCAAGAGUUUGUUCCCUUUAGUAGUGAUGAAAGAGGAUGUCUUGCCUUGUUCCGUGGUGUCGUCGACUAAGAAGCAAAGGAAGCAGGUGAGGAACCCCCCCCCUCCUCACCAGGGCUGGGGGAGGGAGCAGGGAAAGCGAGAAAGAGAGUUUUAACCUUUAUUUAUCAAUAAAAGAGUUUUAUGGAGA